AUGAUGAUGCGCAACGACCCAUCUGGUGUCCUGUCAUCGUGUGAUUUACUCGUCGAUCGAACAGACGACAACUACGACUCGAUGGUGAAACCUCAUCAAUCUGAUUUGCAUCAAUAUCAUCACUCUCAUUAUCCAAAUCAUCAUAGUGAUUCGUCGCGUUCAUCAUCAGUUUGUUCGUCGUCACUUUCACCCAAAACUUCCACAUCAACGGGUGCUAUCACAACAGGCAUUUCAUCAGCAACUGUGCCAGACGCAACAGUUGCCGUCACUCUAACUGAUAUCGAUCCACAAUUAGCUCAACAUGUCGAAUAUGAAUUAGGUUUAACAAAGAAGAAUGGAAAUGGAACUGGAACACGAAAAAAUGCUUGGGGAAAUUUAAGUUAUGCUGAAUUGAUUAGUAAAGCGAUUACAAGUAGUGCUGAACAGCGGUUAACAUUAUCGGAAAUCUAUGAUUGGAUGAUCAAAUAUGUUCCAUUCUUCCGAAAUAAAGUCGAUCGAAUCAGCAGUGCUGGCUGGAAACGGUUAACAUUAUCGGAAAUCUAUGAUUGGAUGAUCAAAUAUGUUCCAUUCUUCCGAAAUAAAGUCGAUCGAAUCAGCAGUGCUGGCUGGAAAAAUUCAAUUCGUCAUAACUUAUCCUUGCAUAACCGCUUUAAACGCGUCCAGAGCGAAGGUACGGGAAAAUCUUCGUGGUGGAUGAUCAAUCCGGAUGAUAAGAUGACUUGUGGAAAUGAUACAUCAUCAUCAUCGCCUGCUAGCGGAAUUAAACAGCCACGUCGUCGUCUAGGUCAGGGAGCGAAAUCUGCGUCUUUAUCGACCACAACUCAACCAAAACGACUUCGGGGACCUCGUUCAACUAAAACUACUCGAGCAAUGACUGUCGCACAACGAAUGGAGCAACAACAACAACAACAACAUCAAACGUCAGGUAAUCAACAGAUUCAGCCGUCUGACAUGUCAACGAUAUCAAUCUAUGACACUCAACAAUGGCCAUCUCAAUUAGAUACAGACAAUACUCCUAAUCACAUAUAUGAACAAGAACUAUAUUCAACAUCUGUUCAUACUCCAACAACGAAUACGAAUGGUAAUUCAACUGCAUGUCUUCAGUCGACCUAUUCCUAUGACGAUAUAGUAACUAAUUAUGUUGGUAAUACAUCAUCAACCAACAACACAAAUAAUACCGGUGAUUAUUCAUAUCAUCAUCCACAUCAGUAUCAAUCCCAUCCUCAGCAUUCGCAUACAUUGUAUCAACAUCAUCAUAGUUCAAAUUACGAUCCCGGUGCAUCCGGUGGGUACUAUCAUCAUUCAAAUUCAUGUCCACAUCCACUUGAUACAUAUCAUGCGAAUAAUCCAGGAACGUAUUCUUUGCAACAGCAACAGAUUGAUCCGAAUGAUGAACAGGUAUACCUACGUGCUCAUUCGAUCUCAUCACAUUCAUCUUCAUCUUCACUUUCUCCUCCAACUUUAUCGACAACUAAUAAUCUUUUACCUUCAUCUUCGUCCGGUUCAUCUUCUUCAAACUAUCCUCCAUCACAUCCACAUAAAUCGUCCCUAUCCGGUGGUUAUCUUCAUCCGACUUCGAAUGGCACAGUAACUCUCUACAGUCACCAUCAUCAGCCACAUCAUCCAGAUAUCGAAACUUUACUUGAUUUAAACACUCAAGAUGAUGAUAUCGAUGAUGAUGACGAUCUUUCAACUCUUGUACAUCAUCAUCAAGGAAUGAUUGAUGAUCAACAUCAACUCUCGUCAUUCUUUUCUCCUGACCAUAAUCAUCAAGUCAUUUCUCACAAUGAUGCAUCACCAUCACUUUUACGUACGGUGCUGAAUAGGCCGAUUGUCGACACUCUAAAUGUUUGUCGAACGUUUGUUUUUCCUAAAUUUCACGCGCACUUGUAA